ACCAGUUGUAGCUAGCACUACUACUACCAUCUUCAUCCGUUUUUUUUUAUAAUAAUAGUAGAACUAGUCGGGUGGGCAAACAUACGAUUACACGCUCUGUUUUGUUCACAAUCGGCUAAUUGAACAUAUAUAUAUAUACGUGUUUGUUUUUUGUAGUAAAGACAAUGGUACGUCGAUCUAAAAUGCCCGUUUGUGGUAAUGGUAUUGUCGAUGCUGGCGAGGAUUGUGAUUGUGGUCUCAAUAAGAGUUGUAUAUCUGUCGAAGCAUGUUGCAAUCCUCGAACAUGUCAAUUCUAUUCGGGAGCUGAAUGUUUAUCAGGUACUUGUUGUUCUGGUUGUAAAUUACUUCCAUCAGGUUAUCCAUGUCGUGAAUCUCGAAAUACUUGUGAUGUACCAGAAUUUUGCAAUGGUGUUUCACCUCAGUGUCCUGAAGAUGAUAAUUUAACUGAUGGUUCAUCAUGUCAUGAUGAUGGUAUAUGUUUUCAUGGUAUGUGUGUUGGUGCACAACAACAAUGUAUUGACCUAUGGGGACCAGAUUCUAAAAUAGCACAUGAUUCAUGUUAUAUAAAUUUUAAUCCAUCAGGUUCAAUGACUGGUCAUUGUGGUUAUGAUUCUCGUUUAAAUAAAUAUAUACCAUGUUUUGAUAAUGAUGUUAAAUGUGGUUUAUUACAUUGUGAAGGUGGUAUGUCUUAUCCUCGUAUAGCAUCUUCAAAUUUUAUGAUUUCUAAUGUUAAUACACGUGAAGGUUCAUUUGAAUGCAAAACUAUUUCUAGUCCAAUUCAUUCCGUAUUAGUAAAUGAUGGUAGUAUAUGUGGUGAAUCAAGUUUUUGUCAGAAUAAUACAUGUAUUAAACAAAAUAUAAAACAAUCAUGUAAUCCACAAAAAACAUGUUCAGGAAAUGGUAUAUGUACUUCAUUAGGUUUAUGUUAUUGUAAUCCAAACUGGAAAGGAAAAGAUUGUUCAAUCUAUGAUUUUAAACAUCAUGAUAUAUCUACAUUUAAUCGUUCUUUACCAUUCGGUCCUAAUCCUGUCUCACCAACGGCUUUUGCUGGUAUUGCAACUAUAACAUUUCUUUUAUUUAUAUUAUGUCUAAUCAUAUCAUGUUUAUUCAGAAGUAAAAAUCGACAAGAUCGUCAAAAAUCUCACGAAUUAACGGUAAUCCACUCUCAUCAUCAUCCACAAGUUACAAUUAAUCCAACAGAUAUUGAACCUGAUCGAACAAAAAUCUUAACACAAUUUGAUCAUACUAGUCAAAGUCUUGUUUCAACACCUAUUUUUCCUCAUCGAACACCAUUACACCGUUCACCAUUUAUGACAAGUACUCGAUCGAUAACAAGUGCAUGUACAGGUCUCUCAUAUUUACCAACAGAUACACCACGUUCAAUACGUUAUACAAAUCGAAAAGCAUCAACAAAUGGUAUAUUUAGUGAUUCUGAAACACCACGUACACGUCCACGUCGACAAUUACAUCAUGUUAAUGCUAAUGGUGGUGGUUCACCAUCUCUUCAUAUAAAUUCCAAUCAUCGUCAUCAACAAACGUACGCAACAUUAGCAUUGAAACGUCAACAUAAUUCAAAUAUUUCUUAUGAAUCAUCAAGAAAAAUUUAUAAUGAUAUUGAUAAAUUAUCAACAAAUGAAAAUUUACGUGAUUUUAUUCAAGUACUUGAUUCAUUUGCACAAGAAAAAUUUGGCGAUGAAAUCGAUCUAAAUACGCAUACAUUUGAAAAAAAUUCUACAAUUGCAUCAAGUCCAACUGAAACAAAUGAAUCAAUUACAAUUGAUAGUGGUUAUCAAUCAACAAAACAAUUAAUGAAUACAGAUGAAUAUGCUGUUAUCGUUAAAACAAAACGUACAAAUGAAAA